GCCCAGAUCACCCCAGCGCUGCCAAACGUGCUGUUUGCCGAUCCGCCCCACACAGCAUCGUUCGUCCUGAAGCGAUCCGCCGGCCGGCCGACUCAUCCGACGCAUCCGAUUCACUUGAUUGAUCCGGUUCGCUUGAUUGAUCCGAGGCCGUUGCAUCCCAUGUCUUUUAUAUCCAAGACCAUCAAAUCGCUGGGCGCCACCUCACGGGCAGCCACACGGACCCUGUCACAGAGCAGCCAGAAGCGCUUUGCGUUUGUCCGUGCCGGGACCUAUGUCUAUCUGCAUCAAGAUGUCCAGGGUUAUGGCGAAGCCGGUCAAAUCAUUCAAGUUACCGUAAAGGAAGCCCGAAACUGGCUCAUUCCCUUCCGUAUGGCCGACUAUGUUCCGAAAUUCGACGGAGCCUCGAUCCUGCCGACCGGAUGGACGCCUCCCAUCGACGAAGACCAGUUUGCCAAGGAUCCUAUUGUACCUGCUGUCGCUGUAAGCAGCCCUAAUCCGGCGGAAUUGCGUAAACAAGGCACCGGCUCUUCCGAAGAGGCGCCGUUGUCGCUGUUUGAGUUCAAAGACAAGCUGAUCCAGCUCAAAGAGCUCCAUUUCGAGCGAACUACGAUCUCGGAAGCUUCGGACGACGGACGGAUUUACGGCUCGGUCUCGAGCGAGGAUGUCUCCCAUGCACUGGAGGAGCACAGUAUCAUCAUUCCCUCCGAUGCCAUUGUGAUUCCGGGCGGGCGAAUCAAGUCUCUGGGAAGCCACCAAGUCAAUGUGCGGCUGGGCGAGUUUGCCGAUUUGAACGUGGCCCUUAACAUCCAUGUGAAGCGGGGCAAGCCCAACCCCGCAACACCAUAAGAAUAAAGCCAUCCAUCAAAGGGCUCUCCGGACCGAAAUGGAGCAGGUGUGGCUCAGUAACCGACCGUUGUCCUUCCAGUUCCGAAUACACGCGCACAUUGAUCCCU